UGGCAUACAACAGAAAGCCGUGGCGGCAGAACCAUCGUCACUUUUAAAGCUAUUAUAAUGAUUUUCUAAAGGUUGCCUUUGUACGCGUAUAGGUUUAUUGAUCAAAAUGGAAAAGCGGCUAUUGUCAGGGUAGAUUAAUACUUUUUAUUUCAAGACGGAUACAUGGAAUUGUGGCUAAAGCAAGAAUGCUGAACAUACAUGGAUUGGCUUUCAGCUUCGGCGUAGAUAAAGGAACAGAUUUUCCGUUAAUAUCAUUAUAAAUCGACAAAUCUACUAUUAUUUCAAUUCUGUGAUUUUCGAGUUGCGCCUCAAUUCAAAGUUUUUUUUUGUUGGGAUCGGUGGCAGCCUUCUGGUAUCGGUUUGGGGACAGAAGAAACCCCGAGGCUCACAUUGUGGCCUGGCCGGGGGGACUAAUUAUCCAUCUUCAUACCACUGGAGUUCUCCUAUUAGUAUAGAACAAAGUGGGAACAAAUAUUGUGGCUUGAUCUGUGCGUAUACACAACUUGGAUAUUUGCAAAUUGUCAAAAGGAUAAGCUAUUGAAUUGGUUUAUACUCGUCUUCAAAACAAUGGCGUCUUAUGUGGAUAACAGCUUUCGUCAAGCUGUGAUGAUGAAUCCGGCAGAAAGAACGCAACAGGACCUGGAGAUAGUAUACUCCUAUCUGCAUGGGAUGGAGGCCCUGUCCAACCUCAGAGAGCACCAGCUGAGGAUCAUGUGUGAGACGGUGCGUUAUGAAAGACAUGAAGCCAAUGAGGUGCUCUACUACCCGGACGAUGUCGGAAGCUGUUGGUACAUACUACUUUCCGGGUCUGUCUUCAUCAAGGAGUCCAUGUUCCUACCAAGGAGCAGUUUCGGCAAGCGUUCGGCCGGGAGCCUGAGACGUGGAUGUGAGUGCAUCGUUCUGGAACCUUCCGAGAUGAUUGUGGUGGACUAUAUGAAAGAAAAUGAGGAGUACUUCCAGCGACAAGCUUCGCACCGACAGUCCCGCCGGAGGUUCCGCAAAAUCAACCAGAAGGGCGAGCGGCAGACCAUCAUCGACACGGUUGACCCGUACCCCACGGGCAAGCCGCCGGUAGCCAGGGGAUACCACACGGAAUGCAUAAAAGCUCAGCUCCCCGCAGACUUCAGCCGACUCCACCUGGCCGACGGCCUGCACCCACAGGUGACCCACGUGUCCUCCAGCCAAUCAGGAUGUAGUGUCACCAGCGACUCUGGGAGCAGCAGUCUGUCAGAUAUUUACCAGGCCACGGAGAACGAGCCGGGAGACAUGGACCUCAGUGGCCUUCCUGAGACCGCCGUUGACUCCGAGGAGGACGAUGACGAGGAGGACAUGGAGCGAGCGUCAGACCCCCUUAUGAGCCGAGACAUAGUGCGGGACUGCCUUGAGAAGGACCCAGUGGACCGCACGGAUGACGACAUUGAGCAAUUACUUGAGUUCAUGCAUCAGCUCCCAGCAUUUGCCAACAUGACCAUGUCGGUGAGGAGGGAGCUUUGUGCAGUCAUGGUGUUUGCUGUGGUCGAACGGGCCGGCACCAUCGUCCUGAACGACGGGGAAGAGCUGGACUCAUGGUCGGUGAUCCUGAAUGGCUCGGUGGAGGUGACAUAUCCCGAGGGCAGACCGGAGAUCCUGUGUAUGGGGAACAGCUUUGGGGUUUCCCCGACCAUGGAGAAGGAGUACAUGAAGGGAGUGAUGAAGACCAAGGUGGACGACUGUCAGUUUGUGUGCAUAGCACAGCAGGACUACUGCUGCAUCCUCAACCAGGUGGAAAAGAACAUGCAGAAGGUGGAGGAGGAAGGUGAGAUCGUCAUGGUCAAGGAGCACCGCGAGCUGGACCGCACCGGCACCCGAAAAGGGCACAUUGUCAUCAAGGGCACGACAGAGCGCCUGACCAUGCACCUGGUUGAGGAGCACUCUGUAGUGGACCCCACCUACAUCGAAGACUUCCUGCUUACCUACAGGACUUUCCUCUCAAGCCCCAUGGUCGUGGGAAACAAGCUCCUUGAGUGGUUCCACGAUCCAAGCCUCAGGGACAAGGUUACACGGGUAGUCUUGCUGUGGGUUAACAAUCACUUCAAUGAUUUUGAAGGCAACCCUGCAAUGACUCACUUUCUUGAAGAAUUUGAGAACAAUCUGGAGAGAGAGGUUCGUGUCUCAAAAAUGUGUGGCCAUCUUAGACUGUUAAACAUUGCCUGUGCUGCUAAAGCCAAACUUCGUCUGGUGACGCUGACCAAACCGUCGAGGGAGGCCCCGCUAGCCUUUACCCUGCUUGGGGGUUCGGAGAAGGGUUUCCGCAUCUUCAUCGAUAGUGUGGAGCCUGGGAGCAAGGCCGCAGAGGCCGGCCUCAAACGAGGAGAUCAGAUUCUGGAGGUGAAUGGGCAGAACUUUGAAAAUGUCCAGCUCUCUAAAGCCAACGAGAUCCUGAGGAACAACACCCACUUGUCCAUUUCUGUGAAAACCAAUCUUUUAGUGUUCAAGGAGCUGCUAGCCCGGCCGGAGCAUGACCAUGAUGUGGAUGGCGAGGAGCCGUUAGAGGUGGAUCGUAAGAAUGGAGCUCCAGCCCACCUGCCCAAGAUCGGGGACAUCAAGAAGGGCUCUCGUUACUCCAUCCCUGACCUGGCGGUGGAUGUUGAGCAGGUGAUGGGCCUGGAGAAGGCCAGCAAGAAGGCCAAAGCCAACACUGUGGGUGGCAGAAACAAACUCAAGAAGAUCUUUGACAAGACACUCACCAGCAUCCUGCCACCCAAACCAUACAAUGAGGUGGGUGUGGGCCAAUCGCAGGACGACAGCAUCGUCGGCCUGAAGCAGUCCAAACAGAUUCCGGCCGCGCUGCCGGUCAGUGGCAACCUGUCGUCCAGCAACCCUGACCUUCUGCAGUCCCACCACCGCAUCCUGGACUUCAACAACCAGCCUGCCCCAGUUGUGACAAACAUGUCGGAUCAGGUGCUACGAGUGUUCAAGGCAGACCAACAGAGCCGGUAUAUCAUGAUUGGUAAAGACACCACGGCCAAGGAAGUUGUGGCCCAGGCCAUCCGGGAGUUCGCCCUGACCGCAGCCCCUGAAGCCUAUUCGCUGUGCGAGGUGUCCGUUACACCAGAGGGCGUCAUCAAGCAACGGCGGCUUCCUGAGCAGCUGUCCAAGUUGGCUGACAGAAUACAGCUCAGUGGAAGGUACUACCUGAAGAGCAACAUGGAGACAGAGACACUGUGUUCCGACGAGGACGCCCAGGACCUCCUUCGUGAAGGCCAGAUCUCCCUCCUCCAACUAUCCACUGUGGAGGUAGCAACCCAGCUCUCCAUGCGCGCCUUUGAACUCUUCUGCGCCAUCGAGCCCACUGAGUACAUCGACGACUUAUUCAAGCUCAAGUCCAAGACGGGCUCGUUUUGCCUUAAGCGGUUCGAGGAGGCCAUCAACCAGGAGACCUUCUGGGUGGCGUCGGAGGUGACCCGGGAACCCAACCAGCUGAAGCGUAUGAAGACGGUCAAGCACUUCAUCAAGAUAGCCCUACAUUGUAGAGAGUGCAAGAACUUCAACUCCAUGUUUGCCAUCAUCAGUGGUCUGAACCUAGCCCCUGUAUCUAGACUCCGGGGCACAUGGGAAAAGCUGCCCAGUAAGUACGAGAAGCUGUUUGGGGACCUGCAGGACCUGUUUGACCCGUCCAGGAACAUGGCCAAGUACCGCAACGUCCUCAACAACCAGAACCUUCAGCCACCCAUCAUACCCCUCUUCCCUGUCAUCAAGAAGGACCUCACCUUCCUUCAUGAAGGCAAUGACUCUAAAGUGGACGGACUGGUGAACUUUGAGAAGCUGCGGAUGAUUGCCAAAGAGAUCCGCCACGUGGGGCGCAUGGCCUCCGUCAACAUGGACCCGGCGCUCAUGUUCCGAACCAGGAAGAAGAAAUGGAGGAGUUUAGGUUCUCUUAGCCAGGGCAGUGCCAAUGCAGCGGUGCUGGACGUCACCCAGGCAGGCGGCCACAAGAAGCGUGUGAGGCGGAGCUCUUUCCUGAAUGCCAAGAAGCUGUACGAGGACGCCCAGAUGGCACGCAAGGUCAAGCAGUACCUGUCCCAUCUCAGCCUGGAGACCAACGAGGAGGCGCUGCAGAUCCUCUCACUGCAGUGUGAGCCCUCCAUCAACACACUGCCAAAGAACGCCGGUGGCGGUAAGAGGCCGGACACGUCUCCCGUGGUGUCCAGGGCUGCCAGCCAGCAGAGAGGCCAGCUGCAGAAGGGUAACCAGGCCCUACAGGUGCCCGCUGUGGCCCUCUACCCCUCCCGCAAGAAAGUGCCAGUCAAAGACCUGCCGCCGUUUGGCACAAGUUCCCCUCAGUCACUGAAGAAGAUCUUGUCACUGUCGGAGGAGGCCAGUGAGCGUCACAAGCGUCAGACGGAGGACACCGUGUCCAACGCCUCCUCGCAGCUUAGCUCCCCGCCCACCUCCCCCCACAGCUCGCCCAAGAAGGGGCUCGGGACUUUGAAGGGCCAAAGGGUCCAGAGGGUUUCCGUUAACAGUAAACAGACAGCCGCAGGCUACCCCAGGAUGGGAGACACCUACUCCGACUCGGGUCACAGUGAGAUCUCGUCGCGGUCCAGCCUGGUCAGCAACUCAUCCUUGGACAUGGCCCAGGAGGAGAGGAGAGGUCUCCGAGACCCCCACGGCAUGGGAUCACGGCUGGAGAGGAGGGCCACGACGGACCCCGAUCAAUACAGUCUGGGCUCAUAUUCCUCCAUGCAGGACUGUCGGGGCCUGUACAGCGGUACCACGGUCCUCUCCUCCCCGAGCUCCGAGGAGCUGACCCAUGACCAGGGUGACCGCGUGUCACUGGACGCCGCCGACAGCGGCCGUGGCUCCUGGACCUCCUGCUCCUCCGGGUCCCAUGACAACAUCCAGACCAUGCAGCAGGGGCGCAGCUGGGAGACCCUGGCGUUCGGCCCCGGCGGGGUGGUAGGCAUCCACCCUCCCGGAGGCCCCGAGGCGUUGCUGGGCCCCGCCAGUCUGUGGGCGGCCCAGGCCAGGGGCAGCUGGGCCUCUGCGUCUUCGUCGUCAUCCUCCGCGGCGUACUGGGGCGAGGACUCUGAGGGCGACACGGGCACGAUCAAACGGCGAGGCGGGAAGGACGUGAACGCUGACCCGGAGACGAGCAGCAUCACGUCAAUGGGGUCUGACGAGGCCAAGCAUCACGGGAGGCCGUCCCCAUCGCCAAUCACCGCCGGCAGCAAGGGCCUUAUCACACGAAAGGAGAGCCGCUACCGUGAGCCCCCUCCCACUCCACCCGGUUACACCGCCCUCACCAUCUCUGACUUCAGCGAGGGCCAGACGCCGUCGCCACCUCCCCCCGCCGCCCACUCCGGCCGCCGUCCGCCCGACUACACCACGGCCCUGCAGCGCUCGCGCAUGGUCACCCAGUCGCCCGACUCCCACCACCAUCACCACCACCACCAGGCUCAAAAACCCCCAGGGGCGGGCUUGACCAAACACCCGGGGCUCCACCGCACCCGCUCGCCAGGCGAGGACCAAGACCCAGAGGAGGAAGAGGAGGAGGAUGAACAAGUAUCAGCAGUCUGAAAGACACCGGUCUUCUGCUGGAUUGUCAUUUGCAGUGACUUGAAGUCCCUCCCAUGAGGGCGGAACAAGAGAGAGACUGCCUGACUGAUGGACAGACAAACCGACCAGUACGUAUUGUGCCUGCCGGACUCUUCCUCCUAGUUGGUGGACUCCUCUGCUCGUCUCCCUCCCCGGCCUUAAAGCAUCAUGGGGGGUUAAAUGACCCUGCAUGCAAAAAAUACUGUGAAGAAGAGAUGACAAAAGAAAGAUACAAAAUGCCUGGCACUUUGAAAAAAAUAAAAUAAAGAACUAGUCAAACUGUUUUGCUGUAAAAACACAGAGCAAUGCGCGACAACCAAGCUCACAUGCGCACAGACACACAGAAACACAAACACACACACACACACAGAAACAUGGCUGUCCCAGAACAGCUUUCCAAGUCUAUUGUCCCCCCUGUCCCAACCCCACUGCGCUUUACACACAGCAUCAUGAUGUGUUGAGCUUUAUCUGCACUUUUUGAUUUUCUAUUUUAUAAAGCAAGAACAAAAUGGACAAUAAUUAUUAAAAAAAAAAGAACAUUGACCGAUUUUGAACUCUUAAGGAUUUUCAAAUCCCAGCUAGGUUUUUGAGGGUCUUCUUUCCAGAACUAUGGCAAUCUGGGAGCUAAAGAUGCUACACCCAAGUCUCAUAUCCCUGUGUGGAUACAGAUCUGUUGAAAGGGUGUUUUAUUCCACAAUUACAGUAUUAUGUUGUUAUUUACAUAUGCGAAAUGACCCAGUGGUGGCACUGAACAUUCACAAUGAGAGAGAUCAGUUGGGGUGACCAAUAUGUAGUCUGGCUGAUCAACACGAGAGUUGGGGUAGCCACAUGUCGGUUGGGACGACCAACGUGCACCUUCAUAAUCUAAUGUACUGACACAUCUGGCUUCAGCACUUUUCUGUAAAACCUUUGGUUUUAGUACAAGCCUCCUGGCCAUCCUUUCCCUGGACAUCAUUCUCAGCCAGGGCCAGCUCCAUAUGUAGUUCUAGGUCAUAUUCAGUAUCUAGCAGGUGUGGGGCGUAGCUGUGACCCAAAUAAAGUCUCAACCUGGCUAUAUGAUAUCCAGCUUUUAACCUGGAAGGUCACCUGGUGACUUAUAUUCAUUCUAUAUUUAGUCCUCAUUGUAGUGGACAAUGACAGAAAACAUAUUGUGGCUUUCUCUUGACCUGGAUGGUUUUUGAUGUUCAACGUGAACCCGGAGGUGAUUUCUACCAGAUUUCAAGAUGAACUCAGGGAAUGUGUUUUAAUUAUGCGCCCUAAGUACUAGUCAAGUCUUGAAUCCUACACAGAAUAAUGGAGUCUCAGGCCUCUCAAUGGUGCUGCAUAACCAAAUGCUUUCCCUGGCUUCUGUCCACCAUUUAAGACUGAACACGAAGGAACUAGAAGGCCCCUCUCUUGCGGUUCGAUUCAUUCUCCUCUCUACUGGAGACAUCCUCCACUGUUACAGGAAUCAUGGUUAGUGGUUUUAUACAUUACUAGGCAAUGUUAUCAUAGGGCAACCUGUUUUUCAACAUUAUUUAAAUUGACUGAAGAAAACUAUUCAAUGUGUUUGUUUUUUGACUCCGGUGGGACAGAUUCCUUGAUGAAAUAAUGAACUUUAAAGGCUGCCAAUCAGAAUAAUUAGUACUCAAAUUGUGAAGUGUCACUUUUUUUUUAGUUUUUUUAUCACUGAGUUGCGCUGAUCACAUUGAUCAGUGGUAGAAACCAUAGACGGAAGAAGAAAAUGGGUGCAGUGUUUUCCACUGUGGUCUUUAACUACACUAAUCAAUUCUGUCAUGUUUUGUUGUUCUUUUCUUUUCUUUUUUUUAAUGGCUGCCGAUAGAUUGUCA